AUGGAGCUUUUUGAGACCAACCCUUACUUCUUCCCUGACCAGCGCUUCUACGAGGGAGGGGACAGCUACUACCCCUCUCGCCUGCCUGGGGGGUACGACCAAUCCACCUACCAGGAUAGGAACUCCAUGAUGGGCUUGUGUGGGGGUCUGAAUGGUGGUGUUGGAGUUGGGGUGACAGGAACAGAGGACAAAGCCUCUCCGUCCAGCAUGUCACCUCACUCCGAGCCCCACUGCCCGGGCCAGUGCCUGCCCUGGGCCUGUAAGCUGUGCAAAAGGAAGACGGUUACCAUGGACCGCCGGCGAGCGGCCACAAUGAGGGAGAAGAGGCGUCUGAAGAAGGUGAACGAGGCCUUUGAUGCUCUGAAGAGGAGCACCCUGAUGAACCCGAACCAGAGGCUACCCAAGGUUGAGAUCUUGCGGAGUGCCAUCCAGUAUAUCGAAAGGCUGCAGGCCCUGGUGUCCUCCCUCAACCAGCAGGACACUGAGACGGGACAGCAGGGAAUGCACUACCGACCCAGCCCGGCCCAACCCAGAUCGGGCGGGGUGUCGUCAAGCGAGCCCAGUUCAGGCAGCACCUGCUGCAGUAGCCCAGAGUGGAGCAGCACCCCAGAGCAGUGCACACAGAGCUACAGCAGCGAGGAUCUCCUGAGCGCUGCCGACUCUCCAGAGCAGGGGAACAUGCGUGCCCUGACCUCCAUCGUGGACAGCAUCAGUGCAGCGGGCGGACCUGUGGCCUUUCCUGUGGACAUUUCCAAAUAG